AUGGGUUCAUCGAUUAAUUAUCCUGGGUUCGUAGCUAAGAGCACUCAUUUGGGCACCUCUAGUGCGGAUGCGUGCAUAUCGUGCGAGGAAUCAGCAAGCUCACAGGAAACGAAGAAGAAUUUCUUUCAAAGAGAUUAUAAUAUGAUGAAGAAGGCGCCUACUCCGACAAAGUCUAAGCUGUCUUUGGCCCUACAGACUUCUAAGUCAUUGUCUAGUGCUAACGGGACAGUGCCAGAAAGUAAUGUCUCGGAGAUAGAAGAUCUUUCAAUCAAUAGCGCCAAGAAGAAACAAGGUAAUGAUGUUGAAUCUCCCGUAUUGGUUCAAUCGAAAUCAGACACACACUCAGACUCAGAUUCAGAUCUCAAUUCAGAUUCCUCUAUCUCGUCUUGUGAUGAAAGAAACGAAGAGUCUUUGAAGGACUACAGGCCCGGCGGGUACCACCCCGCAUUUAAAGGUGAACCUUACAAGGAUUCACGUUACAUUUUAGUAAGAAAACUUGGAUGGGGCCAUUUCUCUACCGUGUGGUUGGCAAAGGAUACGGUAAACAGCACGCACGUUGCUAUGAAAAUUGUUCGAAGUGACAAGGUUUAUACUGAAGCUGCUGAAGAUGAAAUUAAACUUUUGCAGAGGGUGAAUGAUGCUGAUAACACAAAAGACGAUUCCAUAGGGGCUAAUCACAUUUUAAAGUUAUUAGAUAAUUUCAAUCAUAAGGGCCCCAAUGGUGUCCAUGUGGUUAUGGUAUUUGAGGUCCUCGGUGAAAACCUAUUAGCUUUGAUUAAGAAAUAUGAGCAUAGAGGAAUUCCUCUGAUUUAUGUCAAACAAAUAUCAAAGCAGCUACUGCUUGGUCUUGAUUACAUGCAUAGGCGGUGUGGUAUUAUACACACAGACAUUAAACCAGAGAACGUUUUAAUGGAGAUUGGAGAUGUAGAGGGUAUCGUUCAAAUGGUGGAGGCGCUGGAUAAGCGUAAAAGGGAAGCAAAGAGAUUGCAAAGACAUGUUUCGAGAUCAUCGGAUGCCACUACAAAUGAUAGUGAUGAGAAAUGGUCCGAAUGUCAAACAAGUAUGCCCUCUGACUCAAACUCAAAUUCCAAAUCUCGUUCUAUUGAGAAGGACCUAUCUAAAAAAUCGUGCUUUAGAAGACCAAGACGUCAUACCAUCAUCACAGGAUCACAGCCGUUACCUUCUCCGAUUAGUUCCUCAAAUUUCUUUGAGAUGAGAUCGCAUUUUUGUGGCAGCAGUCAUAAUAGCUUUUCAUCUGUAACUGGGAACAGAAACAUUCCAUCCUCUGUCAAUAAUAACAGUGUUAAUAACGGCAUUAUUACUAAGAGUAACAGCAAUCUAUUAAAUUCAAUCCCACAUUCUUUGACCAGAAUGUUCGUAAACGAAAACAGUAACGAUAACAACAACAACAACAAUAAUAACAAUAUUAAUAAUAAUAACAAUAAUAAUAAUAAUGAUAACGGUAACGGUAAAAAUAGCAAUAAUAAAAAUAAAAAUAAUGACGAUAAUAUAAUGAAUAGCCCAUUGCAUGAAGAGCAGCUGGCAGACUCUUUGUCUAUAUUUGACAUUUCCAAUAUAUCUCAAAGCUCGGAUACCAAUGCUCCAUUUAUUUCUAAUAAUAUGGACUCGAAUUCAAAUAUUAGUUCCAAUACAAACUCUCCAGAAAAUUUGAUUCAGAUCAAAAUUGCAGAUCUAGGUAAUGCUUGUUGGUAUGAUGAACAUUAUACGAAUUCUAUACAGACAAGGGAAUACAGAUCACCAGAGGUAUUAUUAGGCGCUCCGUGGGGUUGUGGUGCAGACAUAUGGUCCACCGCCUGUCUAAUUUUCGAAUUGAUUACCGGUGAUUUUCUUUUUGAACCGGAUGAAGGCCACUCUUACACCAAAGACGAUGACCAUAUCGCACAAAUUAUUGAGUUAUUGGGAGAGUUACCAUCGUAUCUUCUCAGGAAUGGUAAGUAUACAAGGACUUUCUUCAACUCAAGAGGCUUAUUGAGAAAUAUAUCAAAAUUGAAAUUCUGGCCCUUGAAAGAUGUUUUGACUGAAAAAUAUAAAUUUUCAAAAGAUGAAGCAAAGGAAAUAUCUGAUUUCUUGACACCUAUGUUACAACUGGAUCCAAGGAAAAGAGCCGAUGCAGGUGGUUUAGUUAACCACCCAUGGCUUCGGGAUACCUUGGGUAUGGAAGAAAUUCGAGUGGUCGAUAGAGAGCUUUAUGGAAGUGGUUCUGACAUCCCGGGAUGGUUUGAAGAAGUUCGUGAUGAUAAAAGGCAUUGA